AAAUUUUAGGCAGUUCAAUAUGGCAGAUAGAAUAACCCAGCUGCAGGAAGAGACAAAUCUACUUGCUACUUACAUGUGUGAUUCAAUUGGUGUACUGCAGAACAGUGGGGUAAACUCAGACAAAGGCAAAAGUGACAUAGCUCUGUUUUCCAAACUGAUAUCAGACACCAGCAGCAAUAUUAAUCUACUUAUAGACUCGUUACCAACGGAACAGGUAUCGAGUAGUAAUCAAUACACCAGACUUCUAGCUUUACUGAAAGAAAAUGAGGAUGCUGAUAAAGAAUUGCUGAAAACUAAAAGGCAAGCAGAAAGACAGCUCGAACUAAUCAAGGCAGCUAGCUCGCAUAUAGCGUCCACUCAGCUUAAAAUACGAACUGAACUAUCUUCUAAACUUUCUUGAUGAAGUUUACGCCUUCUUGGGAAUUUAGUUCCUUUUAAUUGGAUAAUUAAUUACCUUAAUUGGAUUAUUAAGUGUGUGUGUGUUUAAUGGCAAGAGAUAUUAAGAGAUUCACACUGUGUACUGUGUAGCCUGCUCUGGCUUUAUCCCGGAGGAGAAAGGAUUGAGGGAUAAUUUUUAACAAAUUUUCGUAACCCCACAUAAGAUAUUUGGUGGAAGUUAACUUUUUAAGUCGAUUAUUCAAUUUUGAUGUGCUCUUUUCACCACAUCAUGAUUUAUACCGUCAUGUUCUUUGACACUUUAAAUAUGUAAGAGUUACAGGGUAUUGUAUUGUACAUUCUACACACUCGGCCAGGUAUUACGACAUGUUUUUAAACUGAUAUUAAAUUGUUUGUUAAACAGAAAAGAUACCAGACAUAUCUCGUGUGUUAAUUAGUUCAGAGAGGCAAAACUUCAGCUGCAGACUGCAGUUAGGAUGUGAAAUAUAAGGAGCAACCCUACGAUCUCUGACAAUAUUUGCGGAAAUUUAAUAAUUAAUAGUUUUAAUUACCGAGAGCUCUUUUAAUUAUUUAAUUAAUUUGCACAUAUUUUUAAUUAAUCGAACCAUGAUAACAUAGCCCGCAUUGAAAUUACAUUUUCAGAAUAAAUUAGCUGCCUCUAAUUAAACGGGGUCUAACCUUUUGUACAUAUAUUAAUUAUUGUUUGUUUUUC